UGGCAGCAGUACAGUUCAAACUUGGAUCUUCACCAAAGCAAGCCCAACAUUCAGCACCAUGAAAUUCGUUAUCGUCGCUCUGGCCCUGGUGGUCCUAGUCGCCGCCCAGGAUGACAAAUACACCACCAAGUACGAUAACAUCGACGUGGACGAGAUUUUGAACUCGGACCGUCUCUUCAACAACUACUUCAAGUGUCUGAUGGACGAGGGCAGCUGCACACCGGAAGGCAAUGAACUGAAGCGUGUCCUGCCGGAAUCUCUGGAGAAUAAAUGCGCAAAGUGUAGCGAGAAGCAGAAGGAAACCAGCGCCAAAGUGUUCAAAAACUUGCAAGAGAAUCGUCCCGAACAGUGGGCUUUGCUGAGGGCCAAGUACGAUCCCGAGAACAAAUACUCGUAAAAUGUUUUUGCCGCCUCGAGGCGGAGAUGUAAAAGUGACGUUUUUGUAAUCUCGUCCUGAUGCUGGUCACGUUUCCUAAAACAUUUGUCCUCUUGAUUAAAAAUAAAAAAAAAAUUAAGAAACCGCACUAAA